AUGGCUCCUCUUCCAAAUCUCCCAACGGACGACCCCAGAGCCGACUCAGAAGAGGCUGCUAAAGUUUGCGGCUGGCAGAAUGUUAACAAUAGAGGCUACUCGAUAUUAGAAAAGCCACAUGGACUACCUCAGCGCAGGCGCGUUAUUGUGAUCGGCGCAGGACCAACCGGAAUAUGCAUGGCCAAAUUUUCGGAGGCGUUAGCGAACCUCGACUUGCAAAUAUAUGAGAAAAACGAUGAGGUCUCAGGCACCUGGUGGGAGAACAGGUACCCUGGAUGCGGCUGCGACAUCCCGUCCCACAUCUACCAGUUCCAGUGGGCUACGAAUCCUAACUGGUCCCAUUAUUACUCCAACGCUCGUGAAAUAUUUGAAUACUUCAAAGGUGUUGUGGAUGCCCAUGGGUUGUGGAAGUACAUCAAAUUGCGGCAUCAGGUCGUUCAUGCGGGUUGGAACUCCGAAACUGCGAAAUGGGAAAUCCAGGUUCAGAGACCUGAUGGGACAAGCUUCAAAGAUGAAUGCGACUUUCUCGUCAAUGCUUGCGGCCUCUUGAACAACUGGAAAUGGCCGAGCAUCAAGGGUCUUCAUAGUUUCAAGGGCAAGCUUCUGCACUCGGCUGCCUAUGACGAGUCUACCGUUCUUGAUGGGAAAAAGGUGGCCGUCUUUGGGGCAGGCUCAUCCGGUGUCCAGAUCGUUGCCAACAUUCAACCGAUCGUCAAGCAGCUUUACACUUGGAUUCGGUCCCCCAUUUGGAUUAGUGCAGGAUUUGCCUCCAGGUUUGCCGGACCGAACGGCCAAAAUUUCAAAUAUGCGGAAGAUAUUAGGAAGAAAUUUUCAGAGGAUCCCGUCAAACAGCUUCGUUAUGUCAAAAUGCUAGACGCGGAGCUAGGUCAACGGUUCUACUUCAACUUUGUCAACACCAAGGAUGCACAGAUGGCUAAGGAAUUUUCUCGCAGGCAGAUGGAGGAGAAGUUGAAAAGUCGGCCGGAUCUGAUCGAACGAAUCAUUCCUACGGCAUAUGGACCCGGAUGCCGCCGGCCCACCCCUGGAAAUGGGUAUUUGGAAGCAUUGAUGGAACCAAACGUGACUGUUUAUACGACUGACGUCCAGCAGAUUACCCCAUUAGGAUUCAUCGACAGUGAUGGCAAUGAACACGAAGUUGAGGUCAUUACCUGUGCAACGGGAUUCGAUACAUCCUAUGUUCCAAGGUUCCCAGUAAUUGCGAAUGGCAAAGACCUUCGGCAAGAGUGGGCCGAAGAUCCUGUGUCAUACUUUUCUGUUAUGAUACCGGACUUCCCAAACUAUUUUCUCUCUAUUGGGCCAUACAGUGCAACAAAUGGGUCGCUCCUUCCUCCCAUUGAACAUGGAUGCAAAUAUAUGCUCAAAAUCAUAGAGAAAUGCCAAAUUGAACAUAUACGUUCGCUCGCGCCCAAAGCCGAUGUCACCGCCGAGUUUCGAGAGCAUUCGGACCUGUUUCUGAAGAGGACUGUGUGGAAUCAAAAAUGUCGAAGCUGGUAUAAAGGCGGCUCUAUCGACGGACUCCCACGUCUUUACCCGGCGUCAAGAGCACACUUCGUGGAGACGAUGCAGCCACGGUAUGAAGACUUUGAGACCAAGUAUGAGAGUUCCAACAGAUUCCAUUUCUGGGGUAAUGGAUUUACGGUGCGCGAGCUCGAUGGACGAGAUCCAACAUGGUAUCUUGGUAUCGUGGAUGGCGAGGACAAGCAGCCAGACUAUACUGAGGAUGAGAAGUAG